UGGUCGCUUGAGCAGAGUAAGGUCACCGCCAGCCACAGUGAGAAUACUUCGUCUGCUUUCAACAUGUCGGAACGAAAGGUACUCACCAAGUACUACCCACCGGACUUCGAUCCGUCCAAACUCGAGCGAAAGCGUGGUCCUAAGCAGACUGGCCCUAAAGUCCAGACAGUCCGCUUAAUGGCUCCUUUCAGCAUGAAAUGUACAUCCUGUGGCGAAUUCAUCUACAAAGGCCGCAAAUUCAAUGCUCGCAAAGAGACCACCGAAGAGAAGUACUACGCUAUCACGAUAUUCCGGUUCUACAUCAGAUGUACACGAUGCUCUGCAGAAAUCACCUUCAAGACCGAUCCAAAGAACAUGGAUUACACCUGCGAAAAGGGCGCCAAGAGGAACUUUGAAGUUUGGAGAGAAGCAAAACUGGCCGAGGAGACGGAGGAGGAAACACUGGAUCGGAUAGCUGCUGAGGAGGAGAACAGGGAUGCUAUGAAGGAGCUGGAGAAGAAGACUUUGGACGCGAAGACGGAAAUGGCUAUUGCGGAUGCCUUGGAUGAUGUGCGGCAUCGAAACGCUACACGAGAAAGGGUGGAUAAGGAUGGUAUCAGUACUGUCGUGGCGCCGAAAGUGGACGAAGAGGCUGAGAGGAUAGAACGGGAACUAGAAGAGCAGGCGAAGAUGGCGUUCCAGAGCAGUACUGGUGAACGGGUGAGGAGAUUGGGCGAGGAGGCUGCCAGUGAGCAGUCGUCUUCUGCUGCAAGCUGGAGAAGUGCAGACGUGGAUCGAGCCGCUAUGCCUCCACCAGCGCUUCCCACUUUCCAGCGUACCACCAAGUCGAAAAAGGACUUCGGAGGUACGCUGGGCAUCAAGAAAGGCGUCUUGAAAAAGCCUGCUGUGACGCCACCAUUCCCUGUACUGGAGAAUGUUGACGGGGACAAGACUGAGGCAGCCGCCCCAGCUGCCGAAAGGGACGUACUCCUCGAUAAGACAUUCAACGCCCACGAUAUCCCUGAAAAGCACGUCCAACUCGGUGUUGGUCUUUCACUGGUCGACUACGGCAGCUCCGACUCCGACUCGGGUUGAGACACUUACCUUGGUAUUGAGAACACAACCUGUACGACUGAAGAUGAUUUCGGCUACUACGGAGAUAAGGAGCAUUCAUUCAUGGGCCUGCAAUCGGAAAUCCCCAUAUCAAAACUCGUCCCACGCUUCAGAUUUACCGUAUGAGAAAAGCUCAUUCAAUGAUCUGACGUACAAUCACCACAAGACCCUGCGCCUGCAACCGUUGUAUGGACUAUGACGACAGAAGUGCGGCUGACUGAUUAGUCUGCGCAGUGCAGACAUGCUGCAUCAAUCCGCCGAGAUUGCGCGCGCUUGAGUCUCUCCUUCCGCCAUGGAUGCGCUUCUUUUCCCAAAGUUUGCAGACACUGGAUUUCGAGCACAGUAAUGCAAGAUACCAUGCUGCCUAUCUUUACCCAGUAUAAUCCUCGGAGUAAUCUGUCAAAGGCGUAUCGACUCGUCGUUGCUUCGGCUUGGGUGUAGUAGCGGCCAAGGGUACGUGAACGAUCGGCCGGCCAUGGCGAGUCCGGACGCCCCUGCUGUUGUUUUCAAUGAUUGUACUCAUGAUCGAGCGCUGGCGACUCUGUGAUGGCAUGGCUGGUACCGCUUGAGGCAUAGGCUACGUAGGUUUGGAGGAGUCGACGACCGUGUGCGAUGUAGGUUCUGGUUCUGUCGAGAUUUGUCAGGCUGUGUGCUUGGGGGUCUCUGGUACACGAGAGCUGUAAAGCAGAGUGCUGUAUAGUAUGAGGAAGGUUAUCCGUGGUGCGAGAGAUCAUUGGGAUAUAUACCAUGAUCGUAUGUGCCAUCUGCAAUGAGUGCUCAGGUUGAGGCACGUUUCUUGCAGCGAGGAGGUAGGACAGUCUAGCUCAAUACUGCCAUCUGGCGUCGAUCUCAGACAUCUCUCGGAUCCCAGCGACAGUCUCAGCCUCUGUCACGAAAGCAAGACUAUGACACGACACGCAGCAUGCAUGUCCAGAGCAGUCUAGUCUGGAAUAACUAUCACAGUGCCCGAUCGCAGCGCAUAUAUAAACCACAUCUCCGCCGAUAUUCCUCCUCUUCUGUCCAGACACAUCAUCCUCCUCAUUCCAUCCCAGCACCCAGCAGGAACAACAACAACAAGAUCUCUCUUUCCGAGACCCAGCUCUACCAAAACACAUCACACGUCAACACACACGCCACGAUUGCGACAUCCGUCUUACUCCAUCCUUCAUCAUCAUAACCAUCAUCCUCCUCACAUCAAACUCUACCAAUCUCCCAGCAUCCCAAAUCCACGCCUACACCAAAAGAAAUGCCGAGACCCACCGAAUUCGAAUUCACCCAUACCAUGAAGGUGUACGGAGACGGCUCGCAGAGACGGACAUUGACUUGCGCGGUCACC